AGUUCCAUCUCUAAUUUCGUUGCGAAAAAAAUAAGAAUCGAGGCAUCGGUACGGACGUCAAAAACUGCAAUUAUAAGAGUACACGCACAGAUUGUGGUUCUUGGCAGGCACAGACUUUCACUGCGUGUGACAGCGAUCGCUAGUGCAAGUUACCCGUUCGCAGUCAAAGUGACACAGGCAUCAGGAUGAGCGCACCUGGCAUGGACAAGAGAAAACUGUCGACAUCUGGCGACUCGCUUUACGAGAUCUUAGGACUUCCGAAGACAGCCACCGGAGAUGAUAUUAAAAAGACUUACCGGAAACUCGCACUCAAAUACCAUCCCGAUAAGAACCCGGACAAUGUGGAUGCGGCUGAUAAGUUCAAGGAAGUCAACCGGGCCCACUCGAUAUUGAGCGACCAGACGAAGCGCAACAUAUACGACAACUACGGCUCUUUGGGCUUGUACAUAGCCGAGCAGUUUGGCGAGGAGAAUGUCAACGCAUACUUCGUGGUCACUUCACCGGCUGUAAAGGCGGUGGUUAUCUGCUGUGCCGUGAUCACUGGAUGCUGUUGUUGCUGCUGCUGCUGCUGCUGUUGCAACUUCUGCUGCGGCAAGUUCAAGCCGCCGGUCAACGAGUCGCACGAUCAGUAUUCACAUCUGAAUCGCCCCGAUGGCAAUCGGGAGGGCAACGAUAUGCCAACGCAUCUGGGACAGCCGCCACGCCUUGAGGACGUUGACCUAGACGACGUUAACUUGGGUGCGGGCGGAGCCCCCGUUACCUCACAGCCGCGGGAACAGGCCGGAGGACAGCCUGUUUUCGCCAUGCCGCCGCCCAGUGGAGCCGUGGGAGUAAACCCCUUCACCGGCGCCCCUGUAGCAGCUAACGAGAAUACGUCGCUAAACACAACGGAGCAGACCACUUACACGCCAGGUAUAUAAGCAAUUGGUCCAGAAGUCAACCACACAGCCAGCCUCCGCUAGUUUGGCAAUCCGACAAAGCGUCUUUGACCAUCGAACUUGUUAUUGUGCAUAUAUCGAACAAAUAUUGUUUCCUUCGGUCGCUGGAUAGGUGGCGAAGGCAUUCAGUCACCAGUCGACAUACCCCGUCCAGCGAUCAGAUCAACACCCCCUUAGCAGUAAGCUCGUGUAUCCGGCAAGGUAUUUUUUAGUCACUUUCUGUACAUGUCCACGCGAAUAUGGGAUCCAUUUACUUAGAUCUGCAUGCUGAAUUACAUUACCACACACUGCCCGAGCUGCAGGAUGACCAAUGAAUAGAUUGAUUGACUCAGCCUUUCGUUCCUUAGGUCUGCGCCAGCCGUACUCAAGUCCCCCAUUUUAAAGACCUCCUUUCAAGAUUGUUUUCCAAGCUUUCGCAAAUUAAAUGAAAUGAAAAUUUUAAUUUCCAUCCAAGACAUAUUCAAAGAAUGUAGCUUAAGUUUGACGGAUUUUAGUUUUAUCGUUUCUUAUGCAACGCGUACAUUUUGAUUUCUUUUCACUUAUCACUGUCUACUUCUCUCUCCCCCUCUCUUCACUCUAGAUAUGGUUAAUCAAAAAUAUUAGUCAAGUGCUGCGAGCGAGUCAAGACCCGGGUGCUUGCGUACACCACACAUUCAGAUACAGACACAGAAAACACAAGCCCCUAAAUCGUAACAGAAGAGAAAACCAGAUUUAUUUCAUAAUUAUUAGUGUUGUUUUUAAAAUGCGCGAUAUGUUGAAGCGAGUAAACAUAGAAACCAAUGUAUUUAUUUUAAGCCGUAGCACUUAGCUCUAAUUUUAAACUAUCGAACUUCGUGGCCGCCCUCCGGUCAGUCAGGUUGAUUUUGGUCCACUUCGGGCAAUCGAUUCACCAAUUCCAUUGUUCAAGCCAUGCAUCUAGCCUUGCAGCUGUACCACUAUACAACUCGAAUCGAUAGCCAAGCCGCGAAGCCACCAUCUCCACCUAUCCAGUCAUGCUAAUCACCAAAACACCAUUCGGUGUUGAUGAAAUUGUAUAUCGGAAGUUUGUCUAGACAUUUGCUUGGGGAUCGGAUCCCUUGCGGCUUAGCCCGUGAGUUGGGAUUCAGUCGCGAAGAGAGGCACUGUAAUUAUAUAUAUGUAUAUGAUAUGUGUAUCUAGUUUGUGGCAUUUGUGUCGUCGCUUAGUCUAGCUAAUUUGUUCUCGAGAUCUCCUCUUCACCGAUUGUUUCUGUUAUUUUGCACUAAAUUGUUAAAGCCAGAACUACUUAUGUAAAAAGGAUGAAUUGUCGAGCGACGCGCCCAGCAGAUUGCUCCGAUCCGAUUCUAAUGCAAAUGUAAAUACGAGUUAAACAAUUAAGCAUCACACAGUUAAACAGAGGAGGACGAAGAAGAGGACACUUUGAAGGGCGAUCCAAUUAACGCAAAUAUAAAUUAUAUAACAGAUAUUAAUAAUCCCCUCUAUAUAUAAAACAAUUAAAUACGAGUAAUCAAAAGUUGAAUUGUAACCCCCGAAAGUAUUGCACAUAUUUAUGUAUUCCAAAUUGUUUCAAAAUUGAAUUGAAUCUAAUUAAUUUUUGUUUGAUUGUUAACCCGCUUUUAAAUGUAAAUGAAUGCGAUUAGUCCAGCAGUAAUUAACUUUUAUAUUGUAGUAUCCCAUUCUAAAUCAUUGACAUCAAUUAUUGCCGAUCAGCUCCGGGCCAGGAUAAAAGUCCUUGGGCGCCUGGGUCUAGGGCCGGGAUCCGAGAGUCGCCGGCUCAUCUAUAGUAUAAACACGCAUACAUAUAUAAAAUUCAAUUAUUAAUAAUUACAUUUUACGGUCUUGCGUGUGUAUUUAUUGUUCGUACAAGUCAAAGCAAAAAUACUAAGUAAACUAAAUUUAAACUUAACAAUUGUUUCCAAAUUUCAAUUGUAUUCUGGUCUAACACGAAGAAGCCGAAAUAAAUUUAUUAUACAAACUC